AUGAAAAGUGAUGAUAGUGCGUUCUAUAGUGUUGUCUAUCAAGAUGUCUAUGAUCCAUAUCCUUUAUCAACUGAUUUACCAUGCUCUGAAAAUGAAGUCCCUUUUAAACAAUUAAGUGGUGAUGAAGCAAUAGAGAAGAGUUUCAUGGAAUCAAACUGUUAAUCAUCCGUAUGGGCAAAAAGGGGAUCGAAGGCAUCCUUUUUGUUGACAUCCAUAACCAUUAUGAAGAGCAUGGUUGGAGUUGGAAUUUUAGGAAUUCCAAAUGUGAUGAAAAAUUUUGGUGUAAUUUUAACUAUUGUUAUAAUGAUGAUUGUCUAUUCAUUAGGUAUGACAGCUUCUAGAGUAUUACUUAAAUGUAAGAAUUUAAGCAAAAAAAGUAAUUAUUCAACAAUUGGAUAUUUUAUAUUUCGUCACAGUUGGAUCAUAUACACAGUUAAUUUAAUUAUUACACUCUCCAAUAUAACAACAUGUUUAAGUGAAUUGAUUAUUUUUGGAGAUGCAUCUUAAUUGCUAAUUAAGUUUUAUAAAGGAGAUGACUACGAGGUUCCAUUUUAUUUAUCAAGACCCUUCUUACUUUGCAUGCUUGGACUCGUUCUUACACCUCUCUUAAUUGUAAAAUCCAUAGAGAAACUCAGAUUUGUCAGUCUAACUGCAAUUCUAUCGAUUAGCACCUUUACUGCCUUGGCCUUUUACAAUUUCUUCACAAGAGAAGGAACACCAGAGGGUUUUUCUUUGUUGAUUCCAUCUACAUUCAAUUUCAAAAACGCUAUGACUGCACUUCCAACAUUGCUUUUAGCUUAUAAUUGGCAAUUCAAUUUAUUCCCCAUUUUUAAAGGUAUGGAGGAUCCAACUGACCAAAAAAUGACUUAUGCGAUGUUUACUGGAUAUUCUAUGGCUUCAUUUCUAUAUCUUUGUGUUGGCAUCUUAGGUUAUGCUACAUAUGGAAAUAAUAUCUAAACGAAUUAUUUAAAGAGUAUAAAAUCUUAAGAGGUUGGAUCAAUACUUUAUGUUAUUUUGAAUAUCACUUUUGUUAUUUCGACGACGCUAACAUUGCCUGUAUUAUUCUUUGGUGGAAGAAACAACUUCAUAUAAAUUUAUAAGCAACUAACUUCAGAGAAAAAAACUGUUUAAGAUGUUAAGAAUUAUAAAGAAUUCUUGGAUGAAACAAAUUCAAAAAGAUAAGAGAAACUCAUAGAAAUUAAGUUGAAAAAGAGAUCCUAAAAAAUUCGAUUUUAUUUGUUAACACUUCUUCUUUUCGUAUUGUUAAUGUGUGGAGCUAUAUUUUUAGAUAAUCUCACAUUGGUCUUCAAUAUCAAAGGAGCUGUUUUUUGUAAUUCAAUUUAGUUUGUGUUGCCAAGUUUAUUCUAUAUCAAAUUAGUAGAGAAGGUCAAGAAAUACCGAUUCAAAAGUAAAUAGAAAUAAUAUUUUUAUUAUGGCAUAAAAGUAUUAUUUUGUAUGAGUUGGGUAUUCUUGGUUACUUGUGUUGUAUGUGGAACUAUGGCAGCAGGUCAUUGA